CAAAUAAAAAAUACAAAUCAUAUUUCAAUAUUCAUUCGAGUUUUACACUUCUACACUUUGUACAGGUUGUACUUAUACAGUUCACAGUUGUACACUUCUAACAUUUCAUAAAUUAAAUAAAUCUAAUAUUUAAUUCGAUUAGGUUACUCGAUUAUUUCUGAUCACUAUGGACCUAAUUCAAGCUGUAAAAUUAUACAUAAUUAAGAUGACUGAAGACUGUGGUCCUGGAAUGAAAGUACUACUUAUGGACAAAACAACUACAAGUAUUGUAAGCGCAGUUUUUAGUCAGUCAGAAAUACUUCAGAGAGAAGUAUAUUUAUUUGAACAACUAACAUCCACUAGUAGUUCAGACAAUAUGUAUCAUAUGAAAUGUAUUACAUUCUUACGUCCAACUAGUGAAAAUAUAUCUUUGUUAUGCAAAGAGUUACGUAAUCCUAGAUAUGGAUAUUACUAUAUAUAUUUUAGUAAUAUAAUUUCUAAGACUGACAUCAAGACAAUUGCUGAAAGUGAUAUCCAAGAAGUGGUACGAGAAGUACAAGAAUAUUAUGCCGAUUACUUAGCAGUAGCACCUCAUCUUUUUUCACUCAAUAUUCCAUCUUGUGGACAAUGUCUGUCUUGGGAUCCACUUCAGCUUACACGAUGCACUCAAGGAAUUAUUUCUGUUUUAUUAUCAUUGAAAAAAAAUCCAUUAAUACGAUUCCAAGCUUCUUCGAAAAUGAGUAAACAACUUGCUGAAAAAAUCAAAGUAAUAUUUUCAAAAGAAGAAAAUCUUUUCAAUUUAAAACAAGGUGACAUACAACCACAAUUAUUAAUAUUGGAUCGAAGAGAGGAUCCAGUUACUCCGCUAAUAAUGCCGUGGUCUUAUCAAGCUAUGGUCCAUGAGUUGCUUACUAUAAAUAAUAAUCAAGUGGAUUUAAGUCAUAUUGAAGAUAUUAAACCAGAUCUUCAAAAAGUAUUAUUGUGUGCCGAGCAAGAUGAUUUAUACAAACAAAAUAUAUAUAAAAAUUUUGGUGAAAUCGGCGAAAUAAUGAAAUCUUUAAUUGAUGAUUUUAAGUCAAAAGCAAAAAAUCACCAAAAACUUGAUACCAUAUCAGAUAUGAAAGCUUUUGUUGAGAAUUAUCCACAAUUUAAAAAAAUGUCUGGUACAGUUGCUAAACAUGUAAUAAUUAUGGAACAACUAUCAAAUUACGUCACAAAAAAAAAUCUCUUAGAAGUAUCUGAAUUACAGCAACAAAUUGCUUGUGAUAUUCAAUCUUCUCAACAUACUCAGAAAAUUAGAGAACUUAUUGAAAAAAAUAUACCGGAUGAAGAGGCGAGUAAACUCGUCAUGUUAUAUGCUUUAAAAUCUUUCAGCAAAGAUAGUAAUAGAGAAUUAACUAGUUUAAUACAAAUAUUAAAAUCAAAAAAAGUUGCUGAGCAUUGGAUAGAGCUUGUACAUGAUGUUAUGAAAUACCAAAGUAAAAUAAUUUUGGAUAAUGAAAAUACAUUAAAAAAUGCAAAACAAAUAACAAAACGAUUCUAUAAGGACUUGAAAGGUGUUGACAACAUAUUUACUCAACAUGUUCCACUGAUGAAGGAAUUAGUUGAAGAUUUAAUAAAAUCAAGAUUAAAAGAAGAACAAUACCCAUUCUUAAGUGAUAUAAAUCAACCAACAAAAAAGGUGCAAGAUAUAAUAGUCUUUGUAAUUGGCGGUGUUACAUAUGAAGAAUCAAUGGCAAUAUACAAUAUGAACAUAGCAAACCCACAGGUUAGAAUUAUAUUGGGUGGUAGUACGGUACAUAAUUCCUCCAGUUUUUUAAAUGAAGUGAAAUUGGCUACAUUCGGAGUGAUAAAAAGCAGAGGUGGAUCUCGAAAGUUAUAAGUCAUUCUAUGAAUAACAUUACAGUAAUACUAUAUAUAUAUUUUUUUUUUGUACUUUUACUUAUUAAUUAAUAAAAUGUUCUUGUAUUUUAUUCAUAUUAUUAUGUGCAAUGUAUUUUUAUCUGUGUUAAUUUAUUUUUUAUAUGAUUAUUAUUU